AUGGACUUUGUGCGGCGGGCGUAUCGCCGCUAUCGCAAGUGGAAGAUACCAGCGGAGAAGAAGGAAAACCUCAUGUCUGUGCUGAACAUCUCCAACAAGAUGGCGGAGAUUGUGGUCAUGCUUCUGUCCAUCUACCUGAUUUCGGAUCUUCACGACGUCCCCCGUUCAUGCAGGCACAUUGACUGCCUGAACCUCUACGCGAGCUUGUCCGACAGCGCUGAGCCUGACUUCUUCGUGCGCGCCCAGCGCGAGGCAUGCCGGUUCUCGUUUGCCAACCCCGCCCUGAUUGAGGAAGCCCAGAAGGCCGGUUUGCUGACACCCAAAAUUAAUGCGACGUAUGAGGCGAUGAUCGCGUAUUGCGAAUGCUUGCUCAUCACACACCCGGACCCCGUCUACUGCAACUUUGACGUCGCGCGCGGCAUCUUCUUUGCCUGGAGCAUCCUGUGCAUCUCCAUCAUGGAGAUGUCGACCACCGUGCGCGGGUUCCGCUCACCGCUCAUCCGCCUGUUCAGCUUCUGCAUCAUCUUCCUCCUCUUCGGGGUAGCACUGGCCUACUUCCGCGGCGCCUUGCGAGAGUGCGGCUCGUUUGACUUUCGCAUCAACUUCCGCGUCAUCCGCGCAACGUGCACCGCGUCCCUCAUCAUCAUGAUCUUCAUCGCCUGCGCGGAGAUGAUUGCAUGGCGGCGCGCAUAUGCCAAGGCCGUGCUGCGCUUCCAGGACACGAGCCACUACAACGACGACGGCGACCUCACAGCCAAGCUGGGCAACGUGUCCAUGGGCGGGACCUCCCUCGGAUCCGCCCUCGCCUCCACCGUCACCAGCAGCACUGCCGCCGCUGCCCCACACUCCACGCGCGUCACGUUUGCAGACGACGUGGUGGUUGAGGGAAACGGUAGCGCGUAUGGGCGUGGUCACAGCAAUGGCAGUGGCAGCGGAAAGCGGCGCGUGCGGAAGGUUGUGCGGCGACAGGACACGUACGACUUCAGCGCCUUUGACAACAGUGACAACAGCGAGGACGAUGAAGGCCCCUCGGACACCGAGCAUGACGACGACGAUGAUGACAUCUUUGACUACCGUCGCGAAGGAUGA